CACGGAUGAAAAAUGACACAAACCGCUUCAUUCAUAAACACCACCUGCCCGUCAUUAAGGAAAUACACACGCGCACAUAUUUUCUGUAACAUCGAUACAAAUGCACUACACCAACUACACGUUGCACCAGAAACACAUUAACCGUUAACGCAAUGCGUGUGUCAUGAUCAUUAAAAGGCGCAUAACUUCUAUAAAGUGGCACAACUAACGAAAGCUGCACAUCGGGGGGUCACUGGGACAACAAUGGCGGAAGAAGACCGUUCUCGGUUUGGGGAAACGACCACCCACCCACUGGAGAACGAGUAGAGGCUGAGGUGGGAAGAGGAGGAGAAGGGGGAGGACGCCAUUGCAGCCGCAGCUGGCCGCCCGUGGCUUAACGAGGGACUCGCGUUAUCCACCUCCGCAAUGUCGAGGAGCGGGCUUUUUUUCUUUCACGCGUUUCCCCCGGCGCUCAACCCGCAGCCGGCUGUCCGGCCACUAAGCGUGAAAACGGGCAAUUGCGAUGGACGCGUCGCCUUUUGAUAAGGAGGAAAUGUGGAGCCGCCGCGCCGAACCGAAGCAGUCGCCAACCCUUUCCGCACCUGUCUGGUGGCCCAGCCUCACGCCAUGAACAUCAGCAGGAACUGCAGCGCUGUGGGGAAUGCUGAGGGCCUGGCCGCCCUGGAGUCGGUCUCCAUUGUAACCAUCACGCUCCUGGCCUGCCUGGGCAACCUCUUGAUAGUGGCGACCCUCUACCGCCGGCCUUACCUGCUCACGCCCAGCAACAAGUUUGUGUUCAGCCUGACCGUGUCCAACCUGCUGCUGUCCGCGCUGGUGCUCCCGUUUGUGGCCGUGAGCUCCGUGAGGAGGGAGUGGGUGUUUGGGGUUGUGUGGUGUAACUUCACUGCCCUGCUCUACCUGCUCAUCAGCUCUGCCAGCAUGCUUACCCUCGGAGCCAUUGCCAUCGACAGGUACUAUGCAGUUCUUUACCCGAUGAUCUACCCCAUGAAGAUCACGGGAAACCGGGCUGUCGUUGCCAUCGCCUAUGUGUGGCUGCACUCCCUGGUGGGCUGUCUGCCGCCUCUGUUUGGCUGGUCCUCCUUUGAGUUCGACUGCUUCAAGAGGACCUGCGUGGCGUCUUGGCACAGAGAGCCGAGUUACACGGCCUUCUGGGUGAUCUGGUGCAUCCUCCCCCCCUUAUUCAUCAUGCUUGCCUGUUACGGUGUCAUUUUCCGCGUUGCCCGCAUGAAAGCCAGGAAGGUGCACUGUGGGACGGUGGUUGUGGCCCACGAGGACUCCUCUGGCGCCCACAAGAACGGACGUAAAAACUCCAGCACCUCGACCUCCUCUAAUGGAAGCCGGCGGAGCCUCGUGUACGCAGGGAGCCAGUGCAAGGCCUUUGUCACCAUAUUGGUGGUAGUCGGCACCUUCCUGUUGACCUGGGGGCCGUAUGUCGCGGUGGUGUGCACCGAGGCUUUAUGGGGACACGGGAGUGUGUCUCAGGGACUGGAGACUUUGGUGGCAUGGCUGUCGUUCUGCAGCGCCGUGUGCCACCCGUUCAUCUACGGCCUGUGGAAUAAGACGGUGAGGAAGGAGCUGCUGGGGAUGUGUUUUGGCGAUCGCUACUACAGAGAGUCGUUCGCCACGCGGCAAAGGACGUCCCGCCUCUUCAGCAUCUCCAACAGGAUCACAGAUUUGGGUAUGUCCCCUCACCUGACCGCUAUGCUGGCCGGCGGAGGUCAUCUGCUGGCUCCAGGCAGCAGCACGGGAGAUACUGGCUUCAGUUUCACUCAGGACUCAUGCACAGAUGUGAUGCUGCUAAACGACUUCUCCACAGACGGCUCCUCCCACCCACAACAGCACGGGAAUCCGUCCGGAAAAAGGAGGAGCUCUGUCACCUUUGAAGACCAGGUGGAGCAAGCCAAAGCCGAAAACACUGCCACGUCCUCGGUUCAAGUCCACGCAGAGGUGCACAAGUCGCUGGACACCUUCGCCUCCUGUCUGGCGAAGGCAAUAGAGAGCGACGCUAAGCUCACCCUGUUUGGGGACGGUCUGGUUCUCCCGGGGGGGCUGUUCACGACAAGAGCGGCGCAAAGACCCAGAUACCUGGACGGCCAGAGACUGAGGCUGGAGAGCAUCGAUGAAGGGAUCGUUAAAGAUGGCCGAGAAGAGUAGGAGGAGGAAAAACCAGCAUGAACACAAGCAGGUGUGGUGAUGUGUUUUUUACACUGCGCACACCCCAAACUCUUCUACAUGUGACUAUUUAGAGUGGUGCUUGUCCCGCUCUGGUGCAGUUUAUGAAGGUUGACCUGUCUGCACAUGGGUACUCUAUACUUGAAAUGAUUAGCAAACAAAGAGGCACAUUAAUUCCACUAUGUCGAACCAGGUGCGCCAUCAGUGUCUUGUGUGGUUUCAUGUAAUCAAUAGGAAGCCUUAACUACUGUAACCUAAAGGAUCACAUUGUUGUAGUAAUUUGUCUAUUACUCUGUAUUGUUAAAAGGUCCUCAGAAUUUGCCCUAUGUUUUCGGUUAGUUUUAAACUAUUUUAUUACGAGACGAUCUCAAAGCCAAAUUCUUUAUUCAGGUACAGACGACAGUGUGCUGGUAGAACACACGCACACACACGCGUUUUCCGCAUGCAGAGUUGGACACGUGAGAGUUAAAAUACUGGUCAUUGACAGUGAAACAUAAUAUCCAUUACUUUGGGUUUUCAUUAGCUUGAAUGAUCUGCAUCCGUAUUUAUUUAAAAUCAAAGUGUCAAAGUGAAAUAUAUUGGAGGUUUAAGAAAAAUUAAUUGAUAUGACCCCGUAAGUAGAGUUCUUAUUCGCCAUAAUCAGUCAAAGGCCUUAAAUGUAAUAAAGGGGGAAUUUAAAGGGAGUGUGUAACAGAUGUUACGUCUUUUUGGUGAUAGAAAGUUAGUUUCAAAAAGAUUGAUCUAAAUGACUGUUUAUUUAAAACCACAGUAAGCGAAAGGCCUUCUGACAGCAAUGAUUAGCAUAUAAAUUCUUGAAUUAAGCCCUUUUCCAAAUUAAGUGUCUUAACCAUCAAUUUCUAAUCACGGUUGAAUCAAAGAGGCCUUUCGAUGUGUCAUUACCGGUGAUGGGUCAGCGAACAACAGUACUCACUGACCUGUUUUUAUUGGGGCCCUUGGAACAGAGCCCCCCAGUUAGUGUUCUUAGUAACACCUGUGGGCUUCCUGCUGUCAUGAGUCUGAAUGUUUGCUGUAGAGAAGGCCUAUUGAUGGGGGUUGAAGACUCAAAAUAACCUUUACGGUUUUGUCUGUUGACUUCUACCCCAGUGCAUGCUGGGAUAAGCUCCCAACCAAGACGCCGAGGAGCAAUUUUGCAUAGGAAAGUAUGUAUUUUCAUUGGAAAUCCAUAAUUCAUUAUGGAAAAACUUUCCACAGCUUAAUAGGAAAACACCUGUGUUGAUUAUAAACAUGCAGAGGAGAAGAAACGGGAAUGGUAAUGACAUUAUUAUUAACCGCUACAGUAUGUGAUCGCUCACAUAUAAACUACUCAUUGUGUCAGAGAAAUCAAGAAUUACUGUAGACAGUAUCAUCGCUUACCAGUCAGGAAUUUACUGUUGCUGCCAUGUGGUCGUUUUAACAAAAAACUGCUCUUAAAUAAGUGUUGGCAAAUGUGGUUUACCUCAAGAUUACACUCCAGCACUCCCUUUAAAGUUAUGAAAGAAACUGAUAUUUGUAAUAAGUUCAGUGCUUCAGUCUUACCUCCAUCUUUUUAUAUUUUUGAAUGGUACUAUACACAAAGUGAUGUAACCUUUUUCAUUUUCGCUAUACAGUUUAAGUAUUAGAAAUAUUUGCCAUAAGGUUUUGUAUCAAGAUUGUUCUAUUAAAAUGCUUUCAUAUAAACGCUCUGAACUUUCUUUUUUUCGUGGUUGUGAAGCUUGUGCGAUGUUUCAACAGCGACCACAUGUCUUGCAGUAAUAAACUGAAGCGGCUUUACCAUUAUUCACACACCGUAUCACAAUAAGGUCGUUAUAGAGAACAGUUAAACAUUCUUACAGAAGAAACCAUCUUACCAACUAACAAUGUACAACAUGAAGAGCUGUUUGAAGUGCUACCAAUAAACGUUACUCAAUC